GCCCGGAGCCGCCCGCAGGCCGGGGCGGAACGUGCGGCGGGCAGCGAUGGCGGCGGCCGAGGUGGCGCGGCAGGGUGAAGGCUGUCGUACUGUCCCGCUUUCUGGACACGUAGGAUUUGAUAGUUUGCCUGACCAGCUGGUUAAUAAGUCAGUUAAUCAUGGGUUUUGUUUCAACAUCCUGUGUGUGGGAGAAACUGGCCUUGGUAAGUCCACCCUCAUGGACACCCUUUUCAACACCAAGUUUGAAGGUGACCCAGCAUCUCACUCACAGCCUGGGGUCCAGCUGAAAUCCAGCACCUAUGACCUGCAGGAGAGCAAUGUCAAUCUCAAGCUGACUAUUGUGAGCACAGUGGGCUUUGGGGAUCAGAUCAACAAAGAGGACAGCUAUAAGCCCAUUGUUGAGUUCAUUGAUGCUCAGUUUGAAGCCUACUUGCAAGAAGAACUGAAGAUAAAAAGGGUCUUGCACAACUACCAUGACACCCGGAUCCACGCCUGCUUGUACUUCAUUGCUCCUACAGGCCAUUCCCUGAAAUCCCUGGACUUGGUAACGAUGAAGAAGCUCGACAGCAAGGUGAACAUCAUUCCCAUCAUUGCCAAAUCUGAUGCCAUUUCCAAGAGUGAGCUGACCAAGUUUAAAAUUAAAAUCACAAGUGAACUGGUCAGUAAUGGGGUGCAGAUCUACCAGUUCCCGACAGAUGAUGAAUCAGUGGCAGAGAUAAAUGGGACAAUGAAUGCCCACUUGCCAUUCGCAGUGAUUGGGAGUACAGAGGAGCUGAAAAUAGGAAACAAAAUGAUGAAAGCUCGUCAGUACCCUUGGGGCACAGUGCAGGUGGAGAACGAAGCUCACUGUGACUUUGUGAAGCUGCGGGAGAUGCUGAUCCGCGUGAACAUGGAAGACCUUCGUGAGCAGACACACACACGCCACUAUGAGCUCUACAGGCGAUGUAAACUGGAAGAGAUGGGUUUCAAGGACACUGAUCCAGACAGCAAACCCUUCAGCUUACAAGAAACUUACGAAGCCAAAAGAAAUGAGUUUCUGGGAGAACUGCAGAAAAAGGAAGAGGCAAUGAGACAGAUGUUUGUCCAGAGGGUCAAGGAAAAAGAAGCAGAGUUGAAGGAGGCUGAAAAAGAGCUGCAUGAAAAGUUUGAUCGCCUGAAGAAAUUGCAUCAGGAUGAAAAGAAGAAGCUAGAAGAUAAGAAGAAGUCUCUGGAUGAUGAAGUAAAUGCAUUUAAACAAAGGAAGACAGCAGCUGAAUUGCUUCAGUCACAGGCUCAGCAGGCUGGAGGAUCACAAACUCUUAAAAGGGAUAAGGAAAGGAAAAAUAACCCAUGGCUCUGUACUGAGUAAUUACCCCUGCAUACAAUGGCCUGGAAUGGACCUUCAUUUACUUGUUAAAUCGGAGGGUCUAAUAAAACAUGACAGCAUUUCAGCUGUGACCUUUCCAGGGUGUUAUCCUUGCUCUCUUCUAUGUCCUCGUUGUGAUUCUGUCUUUACUAUGUACUGGUGGUUAUUGCUUUUAUUAAACAAUGUAAAAUUACUCAUAACAAGGUUCUGGAUGCUACAACUUUAAAUCCUGCCAUAUUUUUUUCCCCUACAAUUAAUCGAUUCCCCUUUUUCCUGGUCUCAUUUCACCCAGCUAAAUAAGGUAUAUGGAAAUAAGUUCUGUGAGUUAUUUUUGCUGGUGAAAUAACAGUGCAGUUUAAAUAUAUUUAUUGAUUACAUUAAAAUGACAACACCAUCUUAGUUUAAUUAUCACGUAGUUCAGAGAUAAAGCACUCUUUUUUCAUUAUAUUUGGUGUCAUUUUCAUGGCAUCGUCUGUCUUUUUUCAUUUGCUUUUAUUUUUUUUCUUUUGCCAAUUCAUGCUGUCUGAAGACUAGCAUGUAAAUCCUUGUUUCCAUUUCAGACCUGCUUGUUGUGGCCCCGAUCCUUCAGUGGUGCUGUGGGUGGGCUCAGUGCUCUGUAUGUGGUGAAUCCACACGUCCUGUCCCUGCUGAAAGAUCAAUGUGUGCUGCUGCCAGCCUCCACAAACCCCCUCCAGAUUCUGGGCUUCCAGAAGAUAA